GCGCUUUGCAGGACAGACGUACGCGCAGACCCGCGGUGCCGGGACCCUCACAGCUUCCCCGCUCGUAGCGUGUCCGGGCUACCAAGAGUCGCCUAGGAGUCCCAGGGCAGAAGGAUAGUGGUGACCCCUCUGCCGGGGUCCUGCGGCCCCUGUUCGCCCAGCCAUCCGCGGGCCGCGCGGCACCGUCUCCUAGGCCGGCCCCAGAGCGCGGCCUUAAGCGCUGGUGGCCCUGGCGCGGUGGGACUUGGCCAGGACCCAUCUUUUCCUACCCUCAGUUUACUCAUUGGAAGAAAAGACCCAAAUGAUGUGACUCUUGUAGGAAUUCUUGCUUUAAGUAGGCUAAGUGGUACCCUGCAUUCUUGUUUGUAGCAAUUCAUUGCUAAUUAAAUAAUUUCACAGACAGGAAUACAGUAAGCUUGAAGUUAAAUAAUUGUGCCUUUUUACUGACAUAUUUACGGAGGAAAUGAUAGGAUGCUCCGGAUAUUUUGAAAUAAACCAGAUGAAGGGGGUUGUGAGUGGGAAGAAAAUGAAACAAGAUUGGCCGUGAGUUGAUAAGUGAUUGAGGUUGUCAGCAGUGGCAGCACUCAUGGCUGGUCCCCUGUGGUGGGCUGCAGCAUUUGUGCAGAGACACAGGACAGGCCUCUUGGUGGGUUCUUGCGCAGGCCUCUUUGGGGCUCAAAUCUCAUACCACCUCUUCGCAGAUCCUGUGGUCCAGUGGCUCUACCAGUACUGGCCUCAGGGCCAGCCGGCCCCACUCUUCCCGGAGCUACAGAGCCUCUUUCAAGAGGUGCUGCAGGACAUGGGUGUCUCCACAGGCCACUGCUACAAGCCCUUUACCACCUUCACCUUCCAGCCUGUGAGUGCGGGCUUCCCGAGACUCCCUGCUGGGGCUGUGGUGGGCAUCCCUGCCAGCUUUCUGUGGGGCCCAGUGACCAAAACUGACCAGCCUGUGGUCAUACUUGGGCAAAGAGUAGACUGGCAGAGCCCAGUAGGCGCCCGACUGAGAGAUGCCCUGACCCUGUCCCGUGACGCCCAGAAGUUCUCCUUGGCGAGGGAUGUUGUGUACUUGGAGAGCAGUGCAGCUGCCCUGCAGGCCCUGCCAGCCCCAGUUUGCCUGGUAGGGACCUGGGCACUGGGCGUGGGGGCCAAGCAUGCACUGGGGCUCUACGGAGGCCCCAUGAACUUACGGGCUGCCUUCAACCUGGUGGCAGCUGUGGCAGGCUUUGUGGCCUACGCCUUCUCCACAGACUCUCUCACUCAUGCCCUGGAAGCCUGGCUGGACCGCCGCACGGCCUCCCUGUCUACAGCCUAUGCCCGGGGUGGAGUGGAGUUCUAUGAGAAGGUUCUAUCAGGCAACCAGGCCCUGCGCAGUCUCUUGGGCAGUCAUGGGGAGAAGCUGUUUACACCCAGUGGGAACGUCGUCCCCAGACACUGGUUCCGCAUCAAGCAUUUACCCUACACAACCCACCGGGACUCUCUGCUGCAGAUGUGGAAGGCAAUGCUCAACCCAGGCCGCUCCUGAUGGCUCAUCACAAGAACAGUUCCAGCUUGUGCAGAAACCACCCUGCCAUGGAACCUGGGGAGCUCUCUUGGUGCCUCUGCACCCACAGCCCAAGGUCAGAAAAAUCACAGCCUUAGGAUUUAAAUAGCCUUGAUUCUGCCCUAACUACCAUUGAUGAACUCAGUGACUUUGGGCAGGUCCCUUUAUGAAUCUGAGCCUUGGUUUCCUUAACUGUUAAAUGGGGAUGAUGUAAACUACUUUGCAUAAUUGCAGCACUGUGUGAGGUUGUGAACAUAAGGUCUUGGCAGAGAGGGCGCAAGAGGGUGCUCCAUAAAUAAACAGGAUGUCUCUC